AAUUCCAUAAAAAGGCCAGAAUUAAUUCUAUUUUCUACAUUUCUUGGUCAAUUCAAUUGAUAGACACUGAAGUAUGACUACUGGAAAGAAACCUCUUAUUAUAAACGCCUUUGAAAUGGGCUCUCCAGGACAUUUAAGUCCUGGUCUCUGGAAACAUCCAGAUGAUAGAUCCCCCGAAAAGAAGGAUAUCGAGUACUGGAUCAACUUGGCAAAACUUUUGGAAAAGGGCAAGUUCAAUGCCGUAUUCAUAGCUGAUACAUUAGGUGGGUAUGAUGUUUACAAUGGCCCACGAAACCUUGACGCAGUAGCUACAUCUGGUGCACAAUGGCCCAUCCAUGAGCCUAGUUUGUUUGUGCCUGCUAUGGCGGCAGUGACUAAGAACCUUGCCUUUGGUGUUACAUUUAGUACAAUCAGUGAAGCACCAUACCUUCUUACUAGAAGAUUGGCAACAUUAGAUCAUUUAACCAAGGGCAGAGUAGGAUGGAAUAUUGUAACUUCAUAUUUGGAUAGUGCAGCCAGAAAUACUCUAGGUGGGGAGGAAUUACCACCUCAUGAUGAGAGAUACUUGAGAGCAGAGGAAUAUCUUCAAGUGGCAUACAAGUUAUUUUUAUCUUCCUGGAGUGAUGAUGCAGUUGUUUUGGACCGUAAACUGGGUGUAUUUAACGAUCCCAAGAAAAUUAGAGAGAUCAAUCACAUAGGUAAGUAUUUUAACGUACCAGGACCAAAUAUUGUGCAACCAACGCCACAAAGAUUACCCUUGAUAUUACAAGCAGGUGCUUCUUCAUCCGGAAAGGAUUAUGCUGCAAGAAAUGCUGAGGUUGUGUUUUUAGUAUCCCUUGAGCCCGAAAAUUUGGCAAUUGAAAUUGCUUCUAUCAAAGAUCUUGCUAGAGAGAAAUAUGGUAGAGAAGAGGGAUCUAUUAAAUUCAUCCAAUUACUCACUACUGUGAUUGGAGACACUUUGGAGGAAGCCGAAGCUAAAUACAAAGAAUAUCAGAGUUAUGGCGAUAAGGAAGGUGCACAGGCUUUAUUUAGUGGAUGGAGUGGUUUUGAUAUCGGAAAGUUUGGAUACGAUGAAGAAUUAGUAUAUUCCGAGUCAAAUGCUAUUCGGAGUUUUGCUGCAAGAUUUACCAAACCAGUAGUUGGAGAGGACAACCAACCAAAGAAAACCAGGGAUUACUUUGCCAAUCUGAUUACAGUUGGAGGAACUGGACCUGUGAUUUGGGGAACAGCAGAACAAGUUGCAGAUCAGAUUGAAAGUUGGGUGGAUAUUUCUAAAGUUGAUGGGUUUAACUUUGCCUACGCCAUUGCCCCCGGAACCAUCGAAGACGUUGUUAAUAAGUUGAUCCCAGUGUUGAGAAAAAGGGGAUUAGUGUGGGACGACUACCCCAAAGAAGGUGUGACAUUCAGAGAACAGGUAUUUGGUACUGAGGGCGAAGAUCCAAGCUUCUUGAAACCCUCUCAUCCUGCCCACAAGUUGAGAUGGAGAGCUGGAGUUUCUAAAGAAGAAUUUGAAAAGCUGUUGGCCCAGUAGUAAGAGUAUAUGUAUGUUUGUAUGGUGUAUAUUAGAAUAAAGAGAGAAAUAAGAGUACA